CCUCAGCAAUAAGUUGUCUGAUUCUGGCAGCAAGACAAAUCUAGCACCACACAGCAGGCAGGCAGAGAGUGCACUGCUCAUCCUUUCAGUUUUGUCAGUGUAUGGGAAUGCUGGACAUCAACACACAGCGAGGGAUUCGGCCGAAAGCACUCCUCCUUGGCGUCUGAUCCCUGCUGCUUUCACCCCCGGUUGGGAGAUACAGAUGUCAGAAGCCAAUACAGACAAGGUAAAAAUCAAACCAGCAGAAAGUUUUGAACAUGACAAGCAAAAUAUUUCUUGGCUGAAGAAAGACAGCUGCACCAGCUCCCUGCCUCUCCCGGUGCUCCCUGGGGUGACGCCAAGCAGUGAGGACCAGCCAGAUAACCAUUUUACAAAUGAAAAACAUACAGAUGAAAAGCCUAUGAAAGACAUGGUUAUGAGCUCUGUCACAGAAUUCAGCAUCACAGGUGCCUCAUCAAAGGGUACCAAAAAUGAGAAGAAAUUCUCAGAUGCCAGCACAUCAUCCAUUGCUUCCCUGGAGAAAUGCAGAGAAUUCACUUACAUUGAAGAUGACGCAUCAGUACAUCAGAGAGACAGUGAUGAUGAAUGUGCGACCCUUAUCCUGGCCUGCUUGUUCUGCCAGUUUUGGGACUUUCUUAUAAUGCUGCCUGAUACCUGUGAACAUUGGCUGAUAGAUACCUGUUGUCCAUCCAAUAGAUACUACCAGACCUCAGAUGAAGACCACGCCAACAAUGACUGCAACUGUGACUGUGACAUUGAUUGCAGCCUUUUUGAGUCCUGCCACGAGACUGGUGAAUGCCUGGAACUUGCCAUGGAGAUUUCUGAAGUCUGCUAUCGCUAAUAGGGAAAUAAUUGGCAAAAUCCCUCAAAACUACCUGAAAGUAAACUGACAGAGUACAAAGGAGGGUUUGUUGGGUUUUUUUUUAGAGAUAACGAUGAUAACUAGAGUGUUUGCCAACCAGGACUAUGUGCAUCAGGCUGCUCCCACCCUGGAGGUCUGUAUACCUGUACUAUUCUGGUUGUGUGAUUUCACAAACUGCUGAAACCAACAAAGGGUUUAAAGAAGACCAAAAAGGGUCUUCUCCUUUGCUGUAGACAACAACAGAAUUCCUAAGUGCCAAGAGUGCUCAAUGCUUUACCCACUGUCAGUCCAAGGCUUUUAUAAACCUCCAAUUGCUUUAAACAUGGAUUUCCCCAUUCAUAAACACAGGACAAAUUAGGAUGUUAUUUUAGGACUGAUAUAUAUUAGUUCAUCUUCCUAAUGGAUUCAUACCUAAACAUAUAUUACACAUUGUUGGUUAUUAUUAAUAAUGUAUGAUAUAGCAUCAUUUUGUAAUUAAAAAUUUAUUUAUUCAAUCUCUUAAAACACACUUAUACACUCAGUUUAGGUAGAAAAGAAAAUUAAAUGAAUUAGAAACCAUGCUAGCAGUAAUUACAGCAAAUGUCUCUAAAAAUCUCCAGUGAAUUUUGUAGAGGAAGCAUUUUAACAGGGUGGUGCAAUUCGACAGUGUAUUAAUGUGCGUGCCUAUGGUUAUGUAAUAACAGGUUAUGCCUAUUGUUCAUUAGUUAUAGGAAAGGGCUCCUUAAGUGUAAUUAGCCUAAAUGGGAAUUGACUGCACGCUUCCAGAGGAUAAUUACCCCGUGGAUAGCCAGUAACUCCUUUGCCUGAUUUUCAUUUGUAAGAAUUCUGCAAGCAGCAGAAUAUUGCCACCCAUUCUAGCGGAAACAGGCAUCUCCACCUGCGCACAAAAGAUUGCAAAAUGACAGUAUCUAUCCUGGCUGUGCAUUCAAAACUCCCUCUAUUUCUUUUCUGAUGGCAGGUCUGAUUAAUAAAAUGGAAAUACAUAUUUCACAUUACACAUACAACAACAAAAGCAUGUAAAUUCAGCUGCCUGAGGGUGCAGAAUGCACGUACUAAGCACAGAGGAAAACACAGUGUUGCUUGCUCACAUUAGAUAUUAAUAGACUAACACCAAAGACAGUGUUUGCUUUGUAUAGGCACUGAAACUUCUUCCUAAACCCCACUGAUCUCAGUGCAUAAGUGUGUGAGGAAUCCCAGACAAGAAUCCUGAAUAAGAUGCUGGGGUACUCAGCAUUGUUAAAAUCAUUGGACUCUCUUGUUUAAUAAUCCGAGUUUCAAAUCUGUGUUCCUAACAAAUGAAUAUUUAAUUGAAACACAAAUUUGUGUGAAUUUCCUGCUUUUUUCCCCCCAAGUUCUGAAAAAUUCAUGUUUUCAAAAAGUCAGUAAGUAAGAAGUAGGUAGAACUACUAAUGAUCUUAUCUUACAAAGGUUAGCAACACAAGGCCAACAAACAUUAGAAAUGCAAAGAGAAGGUCAGCACACCUUGUUUCUGUGCUCCUUCCAGAACAUCGAUGGGGAUUCCUAGUUUUAACUGAGAUACAACAUUAUGAGUUGUAGUCACCUGAAGGAACAAAGUCAUUAGUCUUUAAUUGCCGCACCCGUGCUAGCUGGCCAGCUCUGUCUGGACCCAGCCCCAGAAAGCACUAACCAUUCCUAUCCCAGAGGAUCUGGUUUUGCACACCCUGGGCUGGGAAAUGCUGAGUGUUAAUGCUCCAGUUUGCACUCUCCCACAGAUUUUGACCUUAAAUUUCUCAACAGUGAGUCUCACAACUAAACUCUCAGCACAAUUUAUCAGGACAUCUUAUCAGAGGCUUGGUUAAUUCCGCUUUCCACCAUAGCUUGCUCUCAACAAAGUGGCAACAGGGCACCUAUGAAUAAAGACACUAACCCAAAGCAUUUUAGAGUGAGAAAAGGGGGAAAUUUGCACCACAUACCAUUUCAUAGAGAAGUACCAAUAGAAAUGCAUGCUGGCCAUUCUUGUUCUUGAUGCUGCUGUCUAAAAGGGUAGAUUUCAUAUACAGUGGCUGGAAGGAGCCCAAGAGAGGAAACCAGAGGGUGGCAUAUUUCAGAAUGCUGCCACUGAGGGAUGCGGAGAUAGGGAAUUUGUCUUGCAAACCAGAAUGUCUCCUUCCAGCUCUGAGCCUUUAAGGUAAUACAUACUGACCACUCUGGGAUCAACCAUGGCAAGUGAGGUCUCCAUAUAUCAGCUAUGCAGCUGAAUUAAGGAAUCCUGGCACAAACAUCUGGGGGUGGGGGUUCAAUUCUUUUCCUAGGAAUCAUUAUUCAAAAGAGCUUUUUUCUAUGCCAUAAUCCACAGGCUGGCAAACAGAGGUCAUGUCUACUAUAGGGCAUGGUAAGGUUGAAAAGAGAAUUACAAUGGUCACGGCCAUAGCCGUGGCUAGACAGGAUGUCCCAACAAUACAAACUGAAUCAUGCUGUGGGAUAUAUUGAGAGCUGCUGUUGUAGGGAAUGAUGGUGUUCUAAAUAAUGCAGCAAUAUCUUCUUGCCUGAAGUGUACAAUGGCACAUUGCUCUGUUUCCUGUUUUAGGAAGGAGAUUUUGAGAGGCCUUCUGUAUGAACAAUGAAACCUACAAUGUAGGAGAAGCAGAGCUUAUGAUGACUUUGUUUUCUGUCACAAAACUGUUGAUUUCAACAUUGCAUUUUCAUGGCACACAGGAACCCUUUAAAACAUUGACACAGAGAAAGCCAGUCAGACCUUUCCAUUAACUAUUCUAGAAACUUGGUUUCCUCUUUGUAGAGCCAUCCUAUUCCCACACUAAACUGACUUCCUGGGCCAGAUAAAUACCCAUUUAUCAGAUUUGAACAUGGGUAGACAUUCCAGUGAAACAGAAAUGAUUUGAAACAAUUCAAGUCUGUCUCUGUAUUUUCUAUUUACCGGGAAGGAAGGAAGGAAGGUCUGAGCACUUGAGUGGGAGGCGUUUGGGUGGAUGGCUGUUCCGAACAUGUUGGACUCAGCUGUGCUCCCGGAGAGAUGUCAGCUCCGCAGUGUGUGAAACCAGCUCCCCAGAACAACAAAUAGAAGUUACCGUUUUGCAAACGGGAACAUCGCUCCGACACGACGCCUCUCCUCAGCACCAUAAAUGCGCUGACAGAUUGGCUGGGGGAAGAGAGAGACGGAGAUCAUAAUGAAGAGCUACAUUGCUACCUUUUACAGGAAGGGACCAUGGGAUGCUCUCUAAGGAUCUCCUCUUGGAAAUGACCCAACAGUCUCAUCCUUGAAAGGAAAAUGUCUGUUUACCUGCUUUCACUGGGCUCUCAGGACACAGGACAGAUCAGGACAUAAACUCUUUACAGCAGAAAUUUUCAUUCGCUAAAUAUUGUACUGCACACACAGGACUGAAUACAAAUGGCCUCAGGGUGCUUCCAAAAGUUUAAAGACCAGUUAUCUCUAAGAAAUGCAAUUCUCUGACUGAACAUGAGCCCUUCCAUAAGGCUGUUCUGGUGUCUUACACUCCAUGCACAUUAUGAGUUAUUUUAGACAUGGGGCUAGCAAAAAUUAGCCCAUGUACACCCCAAUUACAGGGAUGGAACAUACUAUAUUGCCUGCUUUGACUUUCCUCUGCUUCCUAGAGCAUUUUGAUCAUUCAUACUCAUCUAAGCAAUCACAACCAGAAUGACCAAGACCUUCGAAAUGUCAAAACAUACAGCUCUGCCUUAACUCCAUUGCUUAAGGAUUCAGGCUGAGUGCUACACCUGAGCUCUGGAAGAGUUUGGUUCUCAGGAAGAAAGCAAAAUACGGGAACAAUUAAGAUGUUUGCAAUUGUAUUUCUCAUAUUGUUAUGCUUGUACAGUACCAAAAAAAAAGUUCAACAGUAAUGGACUAAGAAUGUAUGUAUCUAUUAAAUUUUCCUUUUAGUUACAUGAAAUGGGUGGUUCCGUUGCUUUAAUCUUCCUCUAUGUCAAGAUAUAUAUGAGGUGUCUUAAAUACAAAAAAAGUUCCCUAUUAUGCAAGGAAAGAAGUUUACCAAACAGACUGGGAUUUCCAGGCACUGCUCCACUAUAAUUCACAGUAACUGAGUAUUAAUCAUGAUUAAUAAUCUAUCAUUCCUGUGGUUUGGAAAAAAAAAAAAAAAAAGAAGGGGGGAAUUAUUGAGAAACUGCACUUUCUCUUAGCAUACUUCAUAUAAUUGCACAAUGGAACAGUUCUAUGAAGCUCAUUGUUCCACUGGUAACAAUCUAGUCUUCCCUAACAUUGCUCACCAAUGGGAAUUGUUGCCAUCUGAUGCAUGUUCCAUGGCCUGUGAAAAAUGAGUUGGUGGGUGCAAGCCAAGUCAUAAUGGAUGUGUGCCCCUAUCACAAAAAACACCAUUAUAAUUGGUACCUUAGGAAAAAUGCCAAGGUCUGAGUAUAAACUGAGCACUUUCUGUCCUAAGAGCUAGCUCUUCCAUGGUAAAAGUUGAAGCAAAGCACAAUAGAAUGAUGCUGAACUGCAUCUGCUGCUUCUGUAAAGGGCUUCACCCUCCUGAGGUGGUAACUGGCAUCUCAUAUCUCCUUUAAAAUAAGGAGAAAACUCACUCAUUGUGGCUCUUAUCCCCACACACCUAUUAAAGUAAUCAUGGAGGUUGUGCAAGCAUAAAAUGAAACAGAACCAGUAGCUGUUAUUGUCUCUAUAUUCCAAGAAACAAGAAAGGAUGGAGAGUGGUAGAUACCUUCUUAAGUAUAUAAUUUGUCCUCUUUCAAGCUAUAUGAAGAAAAAAAUAAUGUAUUGUCACUAAAUAAAAAUUGUCUAUUCGCCAAUCGCCAUUCGAAAUACAAGGAAUCAACAAAUCAGAGAAUGGUGAGAAUACCUGACCUGGUACUUUCCAGGGUGAGCCCACAAUGUCUUUGUAUUGAAGAGUGACCAGUUCACAGGCCACUAGACCAUCUUACUAAUAAAAUAAAAAGCAAAAAAUGAAGAUGUCUGAUGGAUAUUCUGCUGAUGUCAGUUUAAGUUACAAAGUGUAUUGGAAAAAUCUGUUUCCUUUUUAUAGAAUCUUGCAACUGAAGUCAUUCACUUGCUCAUGCCACAGUACAUUAAAAUGACCAUGGUACAAAAAGAGAAAAAUGAAAACCUACCUUAUGCAAGUGCACAGGAAAAUCACCAUCAAUAUCAUUAAAAUGCAGACUCAAUUUAUAUUGCUAGUUUUGCCAUGAUUUCUAUAAAGUAAAAAAUAAUGCCAGAGAGCACUGAAGAAAUAUUAUUAGAUCAACUGUAUAAAAAGCAUGAGUGAUUCCAUUAGCAAGCACAGCUGAGAGAAGACAGGAUUUAGAUCAAAUCUAAAUAUGAUGAGAUUAUACACCCAAAGUGACAUGUCCAUUUUAGAAAACAUUCUGGGUAGGGACAGAGGAAGAAAAACAAAAGUAGAAUGUUGGUUUUAUGUUGUGAAACGUUCCAUCUUA